AUGGCUCAACGCAAUCGCAAGGAGCAACGUGCGAGAGCAGCUUUGCGCCAAGCGGACCGUGAGAAAGCAGCUACGCGCAAAGCGAAGCGUGAAGCUACUGCACGCAGAAAGAAACGCGACCACGCAGCUAAGCUCGAAGAAGUCAACCCGUGCAAGACGUUUCAUGACUCGCAUCAGCAGGAAGGAUCUAGGCUCAUGUCGCUGCCGGGAGAAUUACGCAACCGUAUCUAUGCUCUAGCUCUUCCUGGUCCCUACAUUACUGUCCAGCAUUAUCUCCUUGGAACCAUGCCCGACAUCACGACCGCUCCCGCUCUGCUGUUGACUUGCAAACGCAUCCAUCAGGAAGCCAUUGGGAUCUAUUACUCGAGCACGAUCUUUUUGAACCAACCAAGCCACUUGCUUAAACCCUCCGAACGUAACGAUGAUCUGGAGAAAUGGCUCAGGGGAAUCGGAUCUGCGCGUGUGUGUCGGAUACAGCACAUCUGGACAGACCGAUGGAAAGUGGGUAGACAGCUGUUUUCGAGAGAGGAAGAUGGUCCCUACGAUACUAUCGUCGAAACUUGCUUGGAUGAAAUAGCAGAAACACAAAGGCUGGCAGAAAGCAUUUGCCACCGACCUGUAUGGGGUACGGAAGUGGUCAAGACAUCUCUCGAAUUCGAGCUGCACGAGAGUUCUGCGACUAUCUGGACAUGCGAUCCUGAGAAAUUGUGCGCGAACAUUUACGGCACUUAUUACAAGGGAAGUUUCGAGACGCCUUCGGCAGAAUUCCGCGAGUUCUUGUUCAAACAGAGCUCUGGAGUCAUUGCUGGCAUGUGGAUACCUUCAGAUCACCCUUUUGGUCCUUCAAGAACAGGUUCCCAGCCGCGACAGAGCUCGACCACCUUCAACUACUGUAAGCUCCUGAUACACGCGCGCAAUAACACAUCGUCGACAGUAGUCACCAUGACAGAGUCGCGAGUCGGCACCUCUCAGAAGCACGAGACUUUGGCCCGUAGGGCAAAGCUGCUUCGUGCGCACCAGUUUGCUCGCACCCUCGCAAAUCAAGUCAUACACGUUCCACAAGAAGAAGCAGCUGUUACUCCCACGACUGCGUCCAUCGAACCGAACUCAGAACCUACUCCAUCCCGGGCCAAUCCUCACCAGCACUCUUGCCCCAACCAAGACUUCGAGUCAAAUGGUUUUGCAUCCUUCGAGUCAGCCGAUGAAGUUCCACCAGCUCCAUCGGACGAGCAACAAAUCACCUGUGACUUGGCCGGACUGAAGCUAGACUCUGUGCCCGACAUGCUCGUCCACGCGAAACAGCAGGAAGAUUCGAGGCUUAUGUUGCUACCGGCGGAGCUGCGUAACCAUAUCUACGCCCUAGCUCUUGACGGAUUAGAGCUGACCCUCCACGACUAUCGCCAUGUUGAUGUCAAGUUGGACGAAUCAUUCAAGUUGCACCUUCAGAGCGAAUUCCUCAAGGUGUCCUUUCCGAGCAUCUUGCUCACCUGCAAGCGCAUCUAUGACGAAGCGAUAGGCAUCUACUUCUCAACCACCAAAUUUUCGUUUCCGCCAUGUCGUGGAGGUGACCAAAUCUUUUUCAACCAGCGUUUGAAACGAUGGCUUACCUCUAUUGGGUACGAGCUCGCAUCCCAGAUCAAGGACAUUAAUGUUACCAGUACGUCGGAAAGGACCGUGAACCUGCACCCACAGAAAGCGGACGGAAACAAGGGUGUCGAGGACUGUGUGAAAGACAUAGAAGCUGUGCGGAGCCUGGCAGAAGACAUCUACGGCAGACCUGUGUGGGGAUCAGAAGUAGUCAAGAGUCGCCUCGUGUUUGGAACGUGGCAUGACGAUGUUUCUAUCUGGUCGUCCGACCCAGUGGGAUUGUGUGCGGAAGCCUUUGCCGCCUACGACUUUGGCUCUGGUUAUCCUGAGGUUUACACUCUCGACAAUGUCUACAAGUGGAAUGACUUUUUGAAAAAAUACGACAACUGUGUCCGUUUCUGGCCCUACCCAUCACCUGAGGAAUUCACGGAAUGGGCUCACAAGGUGAGCGUUACACAGAAUCCUUGGUGCCUAAUUGAACAGGAGUGGGAAGACUGGCGCGACACGGGAGUAGGUUACGGACCAAGCUACGGUGAAUACGCGCCAACAGUGGCAUCCCGAUCGUUUAAUUAUGGGGAGGGGCAGAGCAAGAGAAGAAAGUUGGUGACGCGGCGAGUAGUUCAAUCGGGUCACGCCUAG